AGUGGGACUGGGACGAAUCGGGACAACACGCUGGGCACAUACACAAUACACGUCCAUUUGUGGGUUCCAUUCUUGAUUCUCCUCUUCACCUCCUUGGCUUUUUGGGACUCGUUCUUUUCAUUCAGACGAUCUAUGCAGAGAUACGUAUGAUGCGUUAAAAUCCUGUGCAAGUUGACUUUUUCUCCACAACCCGUUUAAAUUCAGUUUUUGUAUUGAAGAAAAUUCACAAAUGGGGUCGUGGAAUUCAAUAUAUCUGAAGGUAUCAUACAAUGUUUUGGGAUGGACUGCAUUUGUCUCAUGGUCCAUCAGUUUCUACCCGCAAGUGAUUUUGAAUUUCCGAAGGAAAAGUGUGGUGGGUUUGAACUUUGAUUUUCUGCUCCUGAAUUUGACGAAGCACUCGUCGUAUCUCAUCUACAACGCUUCCCUCUACUUUAGCUCCACCGUGCAGAGGCAGUACCGCCAAAAAUUUGGCCUCAAUGAGAUGAUACCUGUGGCUGCCAAUGAUGUAGCUUUCUCCAUUCACGCUGUUCUCUUGACUGCUUUCACCUUGUUCCAAGUUGUAAUUUAUGAUCGUGGAAAUCAAAAGGUUUCAAAAAUUUGUAUAGCAAUUGUUUCUGUGGCCUGGUUAUCAGCUGUCAUUUGUGUUUUCAUAGCUCUGCCCAGGCACUCUUGGUUAUGGCUGGUAAACUGCUUCAACACAAUUCAAGUUGUUAUGACAAUCAUCAAAUAUAUUCCUCAGGCUGUUUUGAACUUUCGACGAAAAAGUACAGUUGGAUUUAGCAUCGGCAAUAUUUUGCUUGAUUUCCUUGGAGGAGUAACAAAUUAUUGUCAAAUGGCUGUGCAAUCCAUAGAUCAAAAUUCCUGGGUGAACUUCUAUGGGAACAUAGGCAAGACCAUGAUAUCUUUGGUGUCUAUCUUCUUUGACAUUCUCUUUAUGGUCCAGCAUUACAUACUAUAUCCUCCCAAGAAGAAGUCUACUUCACCACAUCCCAAUGUGGUAAGCAAGGAGCCACUACUUAAACCCUCUGAUGAACCGAAUUCAGAUCUUGUAUAAUGAUGACAGACAUGGCUCUUAGAAAUAAUCUUGCACAUUAUUUUGUGCAAAUUAGCAACUCUAUUACUUAUACUGUAAAUUGCAUGUAUUAUCACUCUGUAUAGAAAAGCCGAAGCAUAAUGCUAUAUAUACUGUAUCAGUGUAAUGCUGUAUUCCUACUAUUGAGAUUUCUGUCCCUGAUAUAUCAUGAAGCUUAACAUGGUCGAAUAUUUUUAGCGCA